CUUGACUACGAUCAGCUGAAAAGCUAUGGCGUGUGUGGGGAAAUAAAUCAUUUUAAAUUUUCAAGUGUUUAAAGAAAGCCAAAUGCAAAGCAUAAUUAGGGGUUUCUUGACAAGCAGUCGCCGCCAGUGCCAGGCUCCGCCUGCAACUGCUGCUGGCCCAUCUGUGCAGGCAGUGUCACAGGGACGAGAUGACAACUGUCGUCUUGGCAUGGACAAAUGCCUCGAGCUGGGCCGUAAAGGCGUGCGGCAGCAGAUGCACGCCUUCCGGACGAAGCUCAGCCACAAGAUCACGGCAUGCAGAUGGGACACGCUGAUCGAGGAUGUGCUGGUGCGGGACACCGCGAUGCAUUCGCCAAAUGAGUAGAUUCAUAGCCGAGAACAAGGCUGAUGAGUCCAUAUGGCUAGUGGAUGCCAUCGAUGGCUCCGUUAAGCUUUCCCCCGGGUGUCCCAAUGCUGCCGCUGCGUGGCAGAUGGGCUCUGCAAUGCUGACUGGGCCGCAGCCGGGCGGCAUAGUCGUGGAUCCCCCAGUGAAACCUUUCGAUUUAAUGAGCCGCUGUCUGACCCCGUCAGAACCAGGAGUCAAUGCAACAAUUAUUCAACCAGCGGACCAGGACUCUGAUCAGAUCGAUGAGCCGUAUGUGACAACAGUCAAAGAGAUGGACGCAGGGAAAGCCAAGAAAUCACCAGAUAAAAUCUGUCCACAAAAGCCGAGAAUUCGUAAGCAGAAAAGGAAGCCCGCAAGACGGCCACCCAGAAAGCCUGCUGGGACACCUAAUAAACAUGACGGCCCGCCAGCCGGUGACCCUUGCCUGCCCGGCUACACUAUGUAGAUCGUGUGUCGGAAUGAAAGCCAUCAAAGACGACUCACUUACCAGUGAUUCGUAUUUGUAUCUCUCUCAUUCCCACACGAACCAGAACCAUGCUAGAUAGAAGCUAGCCUCGAAAGUGACUGGAUUUGAUACGGUCACAGUUUCGUAUUUGGAUUCAAGCAGGCGCAGUUUAUAUUAUUAAAAAAUAUUUAACAAGUUUGGAAAAUAAACUACUGAUCGCCAUAUAAAAAUGUUUCGAUUUGCGUGUCAGCGACUGCUACCACGAGAAAAGACAUCCUUUCGCAGGAAUGCGACUGCAAAAGGCCGAGUAGAUGUUGACCAAUGUGCUGUGGAGGUCUGUCAUCUGGUCGACCGGGCUGCGGAGCACCUAAGGGCGGCCAGUGGGAAGAUGCGCGUCUUUGAAACCAAGCUGAACAGCAAGGAUCUGGUUACGGCCACGGAUCGCGAAAUUGAGGAGCUGUUGAUAAGGGGCCUACGGCAACGCUUUCCCGAGCAUGUUUACAUUGACGAGGAGGGCACCGCUGGGGCAUCCACUGGCCGCAAGCUGACCGAGGAGCCCACCUGGAUCGUUGACCCCAUCGAUGGGACGACAAACUUUGUGCACGGCUUUCACUGCAGCUGCAUCUCGGUGGGCUUCUGGCUGGACAAGCGGCCGGAGCUGGCCAUUUGCCACAAUCCCACAUUGCAGCUCGUCUUCACGGCCCGUCGCAAUCGUGGCGCCUAUCUGAAUGGUGCACCCAUACGGACAAGUGGACAGACCGAGCUGGAGCGUUCGCUGAUUAUGCAGGAGCUGAACGCCGCGAAUCUCGGAUGCGAGCACAGGGACAUACUAUGGCAAAAUGCAGUUGGGAUGCUGCUCAAGGCACAUGCCCUGCGUACCACGGGCUCCGCCGUGAUGGACAUGUGCCUGGUGGCCAUGGGCGCUGCCGAUGGCUAUUACGAGUUUUAUCCGCAUGCCUGGGACUUGGCAGCGGGCACUCUGCUCGUCCGCGAAGCGGGUGGCGUCGUCAUGGAUCCAGCUGGCGGCGAUUUCGAUCUCAUGUCCAGGCGCGUCCUGGCCGCUGCCACGCCCCAGCUGGGCAACCAGAUGGUCCAGCUGCUGGGUGACAAACAAAUCUAUCAUCAACGAGACGAUGAGCCCCAGAAAUCCAACUCCAACUCCAAUUCUAUAUUCAAGUAGGAUCCAGCGUGUAUAUAUACACACACACACACACACCCAGGUACCGUAAUAGUUUUCGGGUCCGGUCCAGUCAGAUCAUUUGUUUGAGAGCAUGCAACUCUUUGAUGGCAGUUGGUAGAUAAGAAACAUCAGCAUCAGACGUAUCCUCUUGCUAG